CUGAUUUCAAUAUAAAAAAUUGUAUUUCAUUAAAUUCGGAGAGUUUUUAGAAGAGAUAUACUUUUUUCAAUUUUUCCGAGUGUUUCAUUGAGUAAAUAUUGCAUGCAUUUAUAGAUGACGUACAUAACUUUAUGUAACCUCAUACUUAACGUUAUUGUAAACCUUUUUUGCUUGUUCCAUUAAUCUCUUAUACCUUGUAUUGUAUCCUUAACAAUAUUACCAAUAUCUUGGAUAUUUGCCAAUAUGAAGAAUUCUUGAAAGCUUCAUGAGGAAUAUCUUCGCGGAAAGAAUUCCAACCAAAAAUAGAUUCUGAACUCAAGUUGAAAAACAAAUUUGAUAAAUUUGCUAGUUAAAUAGUAUAUGAACAAUUUUGGUCCUGUCGAAUUCAUGUGAUUUAAAAGUCAAAAUUAUUUUUGCGGAAUUUAAAAAUGUUUAAAUGAAAUGUGACAAAAAAAAUUUGGAAAAAAUAUAUAUGGAUUUUGAGCAAUACGUCAGUACUGAAAAAAAACUCGUGUACGAAGGUGAAGAAUAGCUUAUAGAAAUGUCCGAUUCGGAGAAUAAUCUGAUGCGACUGCGCGCACGUUUACAGCAGCGUGGCGUAAAGUUGUGGGAGUCGCCGUAUUAUGUGGAAAAUGUGGGCACCAGUGAUGCGGCCGUGGAGGGGCUCGCUCAGGAGCUGAGCCGUGAGAUGCACAUAAGUGCAGCUAGCUGCAAAAACUCAUUGCUGGAGCUGCAGCAGCACGCGCUGCGCAAAUUGAGCGCUCGCCGCGAGUUCAAUGAGACGGGGCUGGCCACCUUCCACGUGCGCUGCGUGGACAGCCACGGGGGCACCGUUCGCUUGCUGCAGGUGAAGUGCAAACUGGCCGAGCCGGGCGCCAUGCUGCAGGCUAAAAUUGCGCAUGAGCUGCGGCUGAGUGAGGCGGAUCACGUGAAGUGCAUAUCGGCGGGCCGGAUGGUGGCGCCACAGGCGACGCUGCAAGACCAGGGCUUGAAGAACAAUCAACAGUUGCUCGUGAUUGUGGGUCAGGCGGAUGCCCAGGGUGAGGCGCUCUAUGAGCGCAUACGGCAGAUAAUGCGGGAUGUCGAACUGGUCAUCGAUUCGGAUCAUCAUUUUGUAGAUCUAGAGGAUCAGGAUGGCAACGCCAUGUUUCUGCCACCGCACGAGAAUCGUGCCCUACUCCUGGGCAUGGCGCUGUGCGAAAAGGCGCGCUCAGCCAUGCGCCGGGAGCAAUACGAUGAGGCCCUGCUGCUCUUCCUUGAAGCGGACGAGAAGUUCAACAAUUGUGACUCAAAGUUUCUGGAAUGCGUGGACAACUAUGCGCUGCUCAACUUGGACAUUGUGUGGUGCUAUUUGUGUUUGAAGAACAUAACUCAGCUGCCGGAUGCACAGCGCCGGCUCGAUGUCUGCGAGCGCAUUCUGCAGCGCAGCUAUGGUCCGAACUUUAGUCGCUUGUAUGCUCUGAAGGGCUCCAGUUGUCCGGAGCGUGCGAUUAUUGUGCGGCUGCAGCUGCUCCAGGGCAUCAUCCUUUUCCACUCGAAUCGCCACGAUGAGGCGCGGUCGCGUCUGCAAACUGUGGCCACAGCUUUGGGCGAGCUGAAGGUGAAUACCGAGCAGCUGGCAGUGCUGAUGGAAAUGGGCUUCGAUGCGUCGGCAGCGCGUUUGGCUCUACGCUCCAGCAAUGGCAAUGUGGAGCGGGCGGUGCAGUUUAUCCAACAGCGUAGACUCAGCGUGCAACAGGCUCGUCUAAACUCCGACUCGGAGCGGGAGCUGAGCCGUCGCCUAGCCCAGAUGCAGGUGGGCAACGAUGAUCGUGAUUGGGUGCAUCCGCGCAGCGUCUGUCGUCUCAUGGAGCUGGGCUACGAGCGCUCGCUCGUCGUAGAGGCACUGCGUCGCACUGGCAACGAUAUAACCAAGAGCCUGGAGCUGCUGCAAUCUCACUCGGAAGAGCUGCGUCGCAAUCUGCCCGCCACCCAGACAGCCGACGAGCAAAUGCUCUUCACUCUACGCGAGCUCGGCUUCAAGCUGUCCGCUGCUCGUGCCGCUCUAGAAACCACUCGCAAUAAUCUCGACAACGCCAUUGACUUUCUGCUCAAAAGCUUUGCCACCGAGCAGGAGCUGAACAGUGUCAUCGAGCACAUGACCAGUUUGACCGAACAGGGCGCUGCCACGGAUGAGUCUGCUUCUGCCUCCGCCUCCACAUCCACCUCAUUCGCUCGAUUGACUGCGCUCACGCCCAGCAAGCUGGCUCUGGUUAAGUCGGUGCUGAGCAAGGCUCAGACUGAAAUCGAAUCGUAUAGCGCCUACAAGCGCUUCAAUGAGGAUAUUCCCGAUAUCGAUCAGGACUAUUUGGACUUACCCUUGGAGCAGGAGGAGCAAAUACUUAACGAGUACAGACAGCUAUUGGAACAUUAAAGUUUGCCUCUUUUAUAAUAA